AUGGAUUGGCAUCAAAGAUUGAUACCAUCCCUUUGUCAACCACCUCCCCUGCUAUUAGACACCGAACAUCGAAAAAGCGUGGAUUCAUAUGGUGUACCUUCAGGUCGUGUAGGACAUGGAUCAAAUGGUGUGGUCAUGAUUUACAAGCGUGGAAGAGCCUUGUAUGCCAUUAAACGCUUUCAUCUUCGUCGCCGUGAAAAUUUGCGUGAGUAUAUGAAACGCGUCAAUAGCGAAUUUUGCAUUGCAUCCACCGUCGGUAACCAUGCCAACAUUGUACGCACAUUUGAUUUGGCGAUAUAUGAAGGCAAUUAUUGUGCCGUCAUGGAAUACUGCAGUGGAGGCGAUCUAUUCCAAAGCAUCAAGGCUAUGCGAAUGACUCAUGACCAUGAGAAGGAUUGCAGUUUCAAGCAACUUAUGCAGGGACUAUGCUUUUUGCAUUCAAUUGGUGUGGCACAUCGCGAUAUCAAGCCUGAGAAUUUGCUAUGGACCCGUGAUGGAUGUCUCAAAAUUGGAGAUUUUGGCACAGCCCAAGUGUUUCGUUCCCCUUACAACAACAAAACGGUGGCGGCAACAACCACACGUUCUUCUUCCUCCUCUAUCAUGCAUGGUGGUGGUGCCGAUGCUAUCGUUGGAUCUCGACCUUACAUGGCAGUUGAACUUGUUCGGAACAAAGCAAUCACAAAACCCGAUGCGACCGAUGUUUGGUCUGCUGCCAUUGUGCUGUAUUGUUUAUACCGCCAUGGUUUGCCUUGGAACUUGGCAUCGGUUAGACACGAUGUUGGCUUUCGUGCAUUUGUCAAGAGCGGUGGUGAAGAUUUCGUCCUCUUUCAUCAAUUAACCAACAAGACCAUCAGACGCAUCCUCUGCCGUAUGCUUGAUUUGGAUGCAUCCAAGCGUAUCUCGGCUCAAGCUGUAUUGGAUGAUCCUUGGUGCAAGAGUAUCAUGGUGUGUCAAAAUGGUGUCGAUCAUGCACAACGUCGUCAUCGCCAUUCUGUUUAUGGGUGA